AACAUCGUAGGAUUAAUUUGAUUGGCAUUUAGUAUUUAUGUUUUACCAUCGUGCAGCAAAUAUCAAUUUUAAAAGUUUUACUAAUUUCUGUUUCAUCUCUUCACUACUAUGGAAUCAACUAUUAAGAUCAAACAAGAACCAGGUUUUAAGACGCGACGGGGAAAUGCUACGGUAUCGGGCACACCAUUGCCAAUUCCCCAACCAAUAGCGACAGCAGUGAAAUCUGAGAGACUUUCGUCAUUUCGGGUCCCGAGAGAUCUGACUCUCGGAGGUCUCACGAAUGGACGUGCCACUAAACCAGUCGCUAAUAAAAAAGUGUAUACUCCUAAUCUGAAUGCAGUGCGAAACAAAGACACCAAUGUCAAAACAGCUUCGACUGGUCAGAAGCAACGUACCAAAAUCGAGCGCAACAAAGACUCCAAAGCACCUGCCAAAAAUAAGGGUUUAUUGGUACAGACAUCUGGUAUCUUUUCGGAAGGUCUUGCCCAGCGAACGCUGCAACGGUCGAAAUAUGAAAAAUACAACAAUUCAUCGAAGGAACCUGGUGAAACGAUCCGAAGGCCAGUGUAUCGUACAGAAAUCAAACUCGAUCCAGAAGAAGAACGAAAACGGAUAUCCGAUUUAAUUGGCGAUCUUGAUCCGGAUGAUUUCUCCGAUGAUACCAAAAAGCAUGAAUUCGGUGCCGAUAUGCCGAUUAAAUUGGAUAAUUUGGACUAUAAAAUAAGACCUUCAGCUGUGAAAACAGAAAUCAAAGAUGAGCUCAUGCCAAAACCAGAGGCGAGCGAUUUGCUCGAAUCCAUUAAAGAAAGCGGUAAAAAUAACUUCUUCCUGCUACAGCUGCCCGAUGCGUUACCCGGAAAAACUGACGCAGAAUCCCCUGCUACACAGGAAGCGGACAACUCUCCUGAAUCGGCACGUUGCACACUACGUCAAUUAGAAGAGGGAUAUAUCGGAAAAAUAUUACGGUAUCGCUCGGGAAAAGUAAAGCUUCAGUUAGGAAAUACAAUGUUCGACCUAACCAUAGGAAUGGAUAGUGGAUUUUUACAAGAACUAGUAUCGAUCAGUACCAACCCAACGGAAAGAAGCGGUAAUAUAAUCAAUCUUGCAACAAUUAAGGCAAAGCUCAAUGCUUCGCCAGACUGGGAAAAUUUAUUCAAACGAUCUUAGAAAUAAAAUUUUAUAAAAACUAA